AUGUGUUGUUUUGUUCUUUUUAUAAUUCAUUUUUUUAUUCCCUCCAUCCUAUUCACUUCAUUUUCAUUUCCCAUCCUUUCAUUCUUCCCAUAUUAUUAUUAUUAUUAUUAUUAUUAUUAUUCCCCUCUGCCUUUUCCUUUCCCUUCUUCUUUUUUUCUACUCCUCAUCUUCAUUUUAUUAUUAUUAUUAUUAUUAUUCCCCUAUCCUUUCUCCAUCCUAUUUUCACCAUCAUUCACCAUCAUCUUCUUCCCAUUAUUAUUAUUAUUAUUAUUAUUAUUAUUAUUAUUAUUAUUUCUUCAUUUUCUACUUUCUCCAUCCUGCACUUCAUUUUUCUUCCCAUUAUCAUUAUUAUUUUAUUCCCCUCGUUUUCCUUCUUCAUUUUCUCAUCUUUUUCAUUUUCCAUCCUCCAUUCAUUCACCAUCUUCUUCUUCCCAUUAUUAUUAUUAUUAUUAUUAUUAUUAUUAUUAUUAUUAUUAUUAUUACCUUAUUCCUUUUUUUCCUUCUUCUUUAUCCUCAUCUUCUUCAUUUCGAUUUCUCCAUCCUAUUCACCAUCAUCUUCUUCUUCCCAUUAUUAUUAUUAUUAUUCCCCAUUUCUUCAUUUUCCCUCCAUCCUAUUCACCAUUUUCCUUCCCAUUAUUAUUAUUAUUAUUCUUUUUCCUUCUUCUUUAUCCUCAUCUUCAUUUUCUACUUUCCAUCCUAUUCACCAUCUUCUUCCCCAUUAUUAUUAUUAUUAUUAUUAUUAUUAUUAUUAUCCCUCUGCCUUUUCCUUCUUCUUUAUCCUCGUCUUCUUCAUUUUUUCUCCAUCCUAUUCACUUCAUCUCCAUCCUAUUUCUUCACCAUCUUCUUUUUUCUUCCCCUAGUAUUAUUAUUAUUAUUAUUCCUUUUCCUUCUUUUUAUCCUCCUUCUUCAUUUUUUCUCAUCCUAUUCACCAUCUUCAUUUUCUUAUUUAUCCAUCGUUUUCCUUCGCCUUCAUUUUUUCUACUUUUCCCAUCCUAUUCAUUCAUUUCUUCCCAGUUGAUUAUUAUUCCCUCUGCUUUUCCAUUUUUAUCCUAUCUUCAUUUUCAUCAUCGUGUUCGCCAUCUUUUCCAUUGA